ACAUUUUCCGGGGAGCUAUUUUGAUGUUGCACAGGACAGGUGACAUAUCAACACAAACGCUCAUGCAUCUGUUGCCUGCAUGAAUUUUCCAUCCCGAAUAGCAGCUUUCCUGCAGAAUGAGUGGUCCCAAGCCAGACAUUCUGUGGUCUCCGCACCACGUGGAUCGCUAUGUGAUCUGUGACUCAGAACUCAGCCUGUACCGCAUCGAGUCCCUGGGGAGCGCAGAGGCCAAGGCCGGUGCCAUCCCGCUGUCAGAGGAGACAGCGGCCACGCUGCUGGCCAUUAACUCGGACACACCCUACAUGAAGUGCGUAGCGUGGUACCCCAAACACGAGCCUGAGUGCCUGCUGGCCGUGGGCCAGGCCAAUGGCCGUGUGGUCCUCACCAGCCUGGGACAGAGUCACAACUCCAAGUGCAAGGAGCUGAUGGGGAAGGAAUUUGUGCCCAAACAUGCGCGGCAGUGCAACACGCUCGCCUGGAACCCUGUGGACAGCAACUGGUUGGCUGCAGGUCUGGAUAAACACCGAGCCGAUUUUUCAGUCUUGAUAUGGGACAUUAGCAGCAAGUUCACCCCUGAGGCCUCAGUGCCAGCUGAAAAGAUCCGCCUGCCGUCUGGGGACACGGACUCGGGGGUGGUGGUGACCAAGCCGCUGUACGAACUGGGCCAGAACGACGCCUGCCUGUCCCUCUGCUGGCUCCCGCGUGACCAGAAGCUGCUGCUGGCUGGCAUGCACCGCAACCUGGCCAUCUUCGAUCUACGCAACACCAGCCAGAAGAUGUUCGUCAACACCAAAGCCAUCCAGGGAGUGACUGUGGACCCAUACUUCCACGACCGUGUGGCCUCCUUCUUCGAGGGCCAGGUGGCCAUAUGGGACCUACGGAAGUUUGAGAAGCCGGUGCUGACGCUGAGCGAGCAGCCCAAGCCGCUGACCAAGGUAGCGUGGUGCCCCACCCGCACGGGCCUGCUGGCCACGCUAACUCGGGACAGCAACGUGGUGCGCCUCUACGACAUGCAGCACACGCCCACGCCCAUCGGCGACGAGACGGAGCCCACCAUCAUCGAGCGCUGCGUGCAGCCCUGCGAGAGUACAAUCGGCAGCUUCGCGUGGCACCCCUCUGCCCAGAACCGCAUGGUGGUGGUCUCGCCGAACCGGGCCAUGACGGACUUCACGGUGUUCGAGCGCAUCUCGCUGGCCUGGAGCUCUGGCACGUCGCUGGUGUGGGCUUGCGGCCGGCAUCUGUACGAAUGCUCUGAGGAGUGCGGCACCGGGGCUGCGGCGGCAGCCGAGCGCGACAUCGCCACCAAGAUGCGGGAGCGCGCCCAGUCCCGCUACGGCCACGACACCGUUCAGGUGUGGAAGAACCACGUGUUGGCUGGGGGCAACGACCCGCAGCUGAAAUCCCUCUGGUACACACUGCAUUUUAUGAAGCAAUACACUGAAGAUCAGGAGCCAAAGCUCCAGGGCAACCAGCAGCUGUUGCUUUACUCGGGCAUCAAGAACAUCGUCAAGUCCAGCACCUCCGGUACGACGGAGAGCCGGUGCUGCUGGAGCGGCUCGGAGCGGCCGGCGGAGGUGGUCCGCCACCUCAGCGAGGAGCGUGGUCUGGCGCUGCAGCUGUGUGGCUGGAUCCGGCGGGGGCCCGACAUCGACGUGGAGCCCUUCCUCAGGUCCCUGGAGCAGGAGGGCGAGUGGGAGCGGGCCGCCGCCGUAGCGCUCUUCAACCUGGACAUUCGCCGAGCCAUCCAGAUCCUCCACAAGGGGGCGUCCUUCGAUAAAGGAGACCUGAAUCUGAACGUGGUCGCCAUGGCGCUGUCGGGCUACACGGAUGAGAAGACCUCCCUCUGGAGGGAGAUGUGCAGCUCACUCCGGCUUCAGCUGAGCAACCCCUACCUCUGCGUGAUGUUCGCCUUCCUCACCAGUGAACCAGGAGCUUACGAUGGAGUCCUGUAUGAGAGCCGCGUGGCAGUCCGGGACCGAGUGGCCUUCGCCUGCAUGUUUCUCAGUGACUCCCAGUUGCCACGCUACAUCGAUAAGCUGACCAAUGAAAUGAAGGAGGCGGGGAACCUGGAGGGGAUUUUGCUGACGGGACUCACGAAAGACGGCGUGGACUUGAUGGAGAGCUACGUGGACCGGACAGGAGACGUUCAGACUGCCAGCUUCUGCAUGCUGAAGGGGUCUUCGGGGGAGGUACUGAAGGACCCCCGUGUCCAGUGCUGGAUUGAGAACUACCGCAACCUCCUGGACGCCUGGAGCUUCUGGCACAAGAGGGCUGAAUUUGACAUCCACCGUAGCAAGCUGGACCCCAGCUCGAAGCCGCUGGCACAGGUCUUUGUCAGCUGUAACUUCUGCGGGAAGUCCAUCUCCUACAGCUGCUCCUCCAUACCCCACCAGGGCCGCGGCUUCAGCCAGUACGGGGUCAGCGGCUCGCCCACCAAGUCCAAAGUCACCAGCUGUCCCGGCUGCCGCAAGCCUCUGCCCCGGUGCGCCCUCUGCCUCAUGAACAUGGGCACGCCGGUGUCCAGCUGCCCAGGUACUGGGAAAUCGGAUGAAAAGGUCGAUCUCAGCAAGGAUAAGAAGCUGGCCCAGUUUAAUAACUGGUUUACAUGGUGCCACAACUGUCGUCAUGGGGGACACGCAGGUCACAUGCUGAACUGGUUCAGAGAUCACAGCGAGUGCCCAGUGUCAGCUUGCACCUGUAGAUGUAUGCAGCUGGAUACGACUGGGAAUUUGGUUCCAUCAGACAGCAGCUAGGGGGUGCCCUGCCACCCCCCACCCCCCCCGCCCCCUGCCUUGAAGUGUUUUUCACAGUGCUGAGAUUGUCCGGAGGCCAGACCGCGAGGUCGUGACGGAACACAUGUCCGUCCCAUCAUGGACUUAUUGAAAAUCCCUGCGGUCAUCUGCAGUAUUUUGUUUUAGUUGGAAGGAAACUGUCAAACCUGCGCUGUGUCUCUCAGCGAGGAAGGUGAGGUAGGUGCUGAAGGACAACCCUUACACACUUAAAAAUAAAUGUAAAAACGAUUCUGAAUUGCGGACUGUGGAACACGACGGACUUGCCCGGCAGAGUACAGCUGACCGAGGAUUAUUUAACGAGCUGAUAGCGACUAAGCAGCUUGGAGUGACACACUGCUGGGAGUUUGCAGACGGAAGAGAGGACAGAGAGUGUGAAGUACUGACACGGUUUCUAUGGCUACCUCCGAAAUAAAUGCCUUUUCGUAAUAUUUUGCUUUAUGUCAUGCAGCCUUCUGCGUUGUUGGGAAUUAACUCCGCUUUCAACAAAGUAGAAAAGUGUUUCCAGAAAUUUGGACAGAGUGCUGCACUGUAAGUGCCACAUAACUGUGUGGCCAGGUGUUUUUGCAUAUUGCGGUUUGACUCUACACUGCCGUCGUGACUCUCUGCAUAGUGCCCUUAUGAAAUGACCCUUCGGAUCCCUGAUUCAGCUAGACUCAAGUCCUUUUCCCACAUCAUUUUAAGAUAAUUUAACAGAUAUUAAUUGUCCUUUUUUUGGAAAUAUGUGGGUGUUGGACGAUCACUGAUUCUCAUUCCGUAACCACACUCUAAUAUUGACUGUAAGAUUAAUCUAAGUGGGUCAUACAUUAUCCCAUUAAUGCAGAUCAUGAAUAAGCAGAUAUCUGUGCCCAUUAGGGCAUUAUAUAGACAAAUCUGACAGAUGUAAUAUAAAUGUAAAGACAGGUACCAACAUCUUUUAUAAGAUAUAUAUAUAUAUACAGUAUAUUUAUUCAUAAACAAACACUAUUACUCACUUGCCAGGAAUUUCUGUCUUACAGUGAUAUGUCUGCAUUGUCACAGCUGUGUAUGAACAGUUACUGGUAAUGGAUGUUAAUAUCUAAUGGAAAGACCACAGAGUUAUUAUAUCACUGCUUUUUGUGAAGGGAUGUCACACCCUGCUUAUGGAUGCGUCUGUUGGAAAAGCAUUUUGUUGCAAUAAAAGCUUCCACGAGUCCAGAUUGGGGAUUCCUUAAACUGAAAUAAAA